UAGGAUAAAAUUUGAAAAUUUUUACAGAAUUUUCUGAAUGAAUCACAAAAAACAUUUCAGGAGUUCAGUGUUUCCAGGUCAUUCAUAUUAAAUCUCAUAUAUUGUGUUGUUUCAAAAAAUUCAUCUUCCAAACAGGUAUCAGUUAUCUGUGGUACCUUUUCAGGCCUAAAGUUUAUUACAACUAUGGGCCCCGAUGGAGGUUUAGAUGAUGCAUCGUUUUGGAAAACAAAAUAUGAGGAAGUCAAAUAUGAAAUGGAGGAAUUUCAAGAGAGCUCCAGAGAGCUGGAGCAAGAAUUGGAAGCACAAUUAGCUCAAUCGGAAAAGAAAAUCAAAGACCUUGAAUCAAAUUUAUCACGAUGUCAAAUGGAAAAUGAAUCCCUAAAAAGUAAAUUGAACAAAGUGACCAGUGAAAGCACGGAUCAAAUUCAUCAACUGCAAAAGGCAUUAGCUGAAUACCAAGCUGUUAAUGAAAAAUUAUCUCAUUCAAUAAGGAUUCUUGAGCAAUCAAACGAUGACUUAGAAAGAGCCAAGAGAGCCCUAGUUGCAUCUCUAGAAGACUUUGAGUCCCGGUUAAACCAUCAGAUAGAAAAGAAUGUUCUCCUUGAAAAUGAAUUGGGAGAAAAAGAAGAACUCGAAGUGGUUGUUCAAAGGCUUAAGGAUGAAGCACGAGAUCUACGAUAUGAAUUGACUGUUCAAAAACAGAAGGAGCCUAAUAACAAGAGUACCAAGGGUACACCAUCUAAUAGUGACCCUCGUCGAUCUUCAGUGCUCUCACCGUCCGAUGAAAGUUCAACCAAUUCAAUACCAGCUAAAAGUCCACCCACAAAUUCCAGUGUAAAUAGUAAACCUCGUUUAUUUGGUUGUCAUUCGUCCCCCAGUGUAGAGGAUAAAAUUAAUUUUAGCCCGAUGAAACAACCUCGAGCUCAUAAAACUCUAUUAUCGCCUUCAACACGCAUUUCAGCGCUAAGUAUGGUCAGUGACCUACUUCAUAAAAUUGGCGCUUUAGAAUCUAAACUAGACUCCUGCCGAUAUUGAAACCAUCCAAACAAACGAAAAAACAAGAUCAUGCAAUAAGCAGUUUAUUCAUUCAGUGGAAAAAGAGAGCAACCAUUUCAGGAAAAACAAUUGUCACCUUAUUAUUAUAAAAAAACACAUAAUAAAGCAAACAUUUAACAAAUA